CGCUCGGUGUGUAUGUGUGCUGUUGUCGUGCGUUUCCGUUGCGUAUAGUGUUGACAUCCUGUGUGAGAUUGUGCGUUUCCCAAACUUUUGGUGCGCUUUUUCUCUGUGUUUAAGUUUUUUUUCUAUUGUGUUGUGCAUAAGACUUACGUGCGUGUGUUGGUGGUGCGCGAGUGUGUGCGACGGAAAAAAAAUCGGCACAGGUUUUGCCGUCACCAGGUGUGGUGCGCAGCCACCGUCUACAGAGAUGGGGUCCCGCGGAUAUUAUAUUUUAACCCUUUUGGCCCUCAUUCUCACGUCUACUACUAAGGUUUUAGGUGAAGAUGAUACAACCAUGGGUCCUAUGUUCAUCAAAGAACCGGAAAAUCGAGUGGAUUUCUCUAACACUACAGGAGCUACGGUUGAAUGUACUGCUAGGGGAAGUCCGAGACCAGAAAUUAUUUGGAUACGAGCUGACGGUACAGCUGUUGGGGACGUACCCGGCUUAAGACAGGUAAAAGGGGACGGAAAUCUAGUGUUUCCUCCUUUCCGAGCGGAAGAUUACAGACAAGACGUUCACGCCCAAGUAUACAUUUGCAUGGCCAAAAAUCGCGUGGGAGUAAUUCAUUCUAGAGAUGUAAACGUUAGAGCAGUGAUCGAGGAAUCGUACAGGAGUGAAGUGAACAACGAAUACGUUAUACGCGGUAACUCGGUUGUGCUUAAGUGCAGCAUCCCGCCGUUCAUCGCGGACUUUGUUACCGUCGUCUCUUGGCAGGACAACCAAGGAAACGUCUAUCAACCUUCUGCUGUCGAUGAAAAAACGGGCAUUAUUCCUUUUAAUCACGAUGGUAAAUAUUUGGUAUUACCAUCUGGUGAACUCCACAUACGUGAUGUAACGCCCGAAGAUGGAAAUAAAUCUUAUCAGUGUCGUACUAAGCAUAGAUUGACUGGAGAAACAAGACUUAGUGCAACUAAAGGAAGGCUUGUUAUUACAGAUCCACAAACAAGUAUUCUACCAAAAAUUAAAAAAGAAGAACUGGCUGUUUUGGUCGGAAAACCAUUUGCCAUUGAAUCUCAUGUAUCCAUGAUUUGUUCUGCACAGGGGUUUCCCAUUCCUUAUUUCCGGUGGUACAAGUUUCUGGAAGGUUCUAGUAAGAAACAAGCUGUAACUUUGAACGAUAGAAUCAAACAGGUUUCUGGCACAUUGAUAAUACGCGAGGCAAAGGUCGAAGAUUCUGGUAAAUAUUUAUGUGUUGUCAACAACUCUGUGGGCGGAGAAAGUGUAGAAACAGUUUUGACUGUAACUGCUCCAUUAAACGCCAUCGUCGAACCGACCAUUCAAACUGUGGACUUUGGAAGACCCGCCGCCUUGACUUGUAACUACGAAGGAAACCCAGUAAAGACUAUAUCAUGGCUUAAGGAUGGUAAAAAAUUGAGUUCCCACGACGGAAGAGUGUUGCGUAUUGACUCCGUUCGCAAAGAAGACAAAGGAAUGUAUCAAUGUUUUGUAAGGAACGAGCAAGAGAGUGCCCAAGGCAGUGCUGAACUCAAGUUAGGAGGACGAUUCGAACCGCCACACAUUAAGGAAUACUUUAGCGAUAACACCAUGCAACCUGGAGUGUCUUUGCACUUGAAAUGUAUCGCAUCUGGUAAUCCAACACCUGAAAUAAAUUGGGAACUUGAUUCAAAACGUCUUAGCAGCACUGAAAGACUUCGGAUUGGACAACAUAUUACCAUGGCAGGCGAAGUGGUCUCUUAUCUUAAUAUAUCUUCAGUUCACACCAAUGAUGGAGGUCAUUAUAAAUGUGUAGCUGUUUCUAAAGUCGGUGCGGCUGAACACACUGCCCAUAUCAACGUGUACGGUCUUCCGUUUAUUCGACCAAUGGAAAAAAAAAAUAUCGUGUCUGGAGAAAAUCUAUUCGUUACGUGCCCUGUUGCUGGAUAUCCACUUGAAUCGAUCACAUGGGAAAGAGAAAAUCGUCAACUUCCUAUCAACCGCAAACAAAAGGUGUUCCCGAACGGUACGUUAAUCAUUGAAAACGUAGAACGGUCUUCGGAUCAAGCUACUUAUACUUGUGUGGCGAAGAACUCUCAAGGUCAUACCGCUAAAGGAAACUUAGAAGUUCAAGUGAUGGUACCUCCUCGUAUCGUACCGUUCAGUUUUGACGAGCCCAUCUAUUCUGGCCAAUCAGCCCAAAUAACCUGUUUAGUAUCGGAAGGUGAUACUCCUUUAAAUAUUUCUUGGUGGUUCCACGAAUCCGAUAAGUCCCUACUAUCGCCAUUGCCCAAUGGCAUAUCGGUUAACAAAAUGGGCAAUAAGCUGUCCAUGCUUUUCAUUGAAACCACGUCGUCUUAUUUCGCCGGAAAUUAUGUUUGCGUGGUUAAGAACAGGGCAGGGAGUUCUAAGUACACCGCAACGUUGAAUGUCCACGUUCCUCCUAGAUGGAUACUUGAACCUACUGAUAAAGCUUUUGCACAAGGAGGUGAUGCUAAAAUUGAAUGUAAAGCUGAUGGUUUCCCUAAACCACAAGUGACAUGGAAAAAAGCUAUAGGAAAUUCUCCCGGAGACUACAAAGAUAUCAAAGAUUUGAAGCCAGGAAAUGAUGACAUUAAAGUCGAAGAGGGUACACUUACAAUUCACAAUAUUCAAAAAAAUCACGAAGGUUACUACUUAUGCGAAGCUGUCAACGGUAUUGGUUCUGGACUGUCGGCUGUAAUAACAAUUAGCGUACAAGCUCCACCCCAUUUCGAAAUUAAGGCGAGGAAUCAGACAUCUGAAAAAGGACAGCCGGCUGUUUUGGAAUGUAUGGCUAAAGGUGAAAAACCCAUUGGAAUAGUGUGGAAUAUGAACAACAAGAGGCUAGACACAAAGGAAGAAGAGAGAUACACCAUUCGAGAAGAAAUAUUGACCGAUGGAGUUAAAUCUGAUUUGAGCAUUAAAAUAACCGAUAGGAUCGACACCGCCAUGUUCACUUGUGUGGCGACAAAUUCAUUUGGAAGUGACGAUUCUAGCGUACAACUUAUCGUUCAAGAGGUGCCGGAGAUACCGUUUGGUUUGAAGGUGUUGGACAAGUCUGGUCGAACUGUACAGCUGUCGUGGUUGGCGCCAUAUGAUGGAAAUUCACCAAUCACUCGUUACAUCAUUGAAUAUAAAUUACUCAAAGGAUCAUGGGAAUCUAAUGUCGAGAAAAUGGAAGCCACCGGAGACAAAACGGAAAUGAGCGUUGUAAAUCUUCAUCCAGCAACAACGUACCAUUUUAGAAUUGUCGCCGAAAAUGGAGUAGGAGUAUCAAAACCUUCUGACCCGGUAACCAUAAUCACAUCGGAAGAAGCGCCGAGCGGAAAACCCACCAGCAUUCGUGUAGAACCGGUUGAUGAAAAUACACUAAAGGUUAUGUGGAAAGCUCCUGAACGCAGUGAAUGGAAUGGUGAAAUACAAGGAUAUUACGUUGGAUACAAGCAGUCUUCAUUAACUGAAAACAAGUUCGUGUUCGAAACAGUAGAGUUCAACAAAGAAGAAGGAAAAGAACACUUUUUGGAAAUAUUGAACCUCAAGACUUACACCCAAUACACUAUUGUUGUACAAGCGUUCAAUAAAUUGGGCGCUGGACCAAUGUCAGAGGAAGUUAAACAAUAUACUUCUGAGGGCGUACCCGAACAAGCUCCACACGACACCACAUGUACGACAUUGACUUCGCAGACUAUUAGGAUCUCUUGGGUGUCUCCUCCUUUAAACACAGCGAAUGGAAUCAUUAAGGGAUACAAAGUUAUAUACGGCCCAAGCGACUCUUGGUUUAAUGAAGCCACAAAAGAUACAAAGAUUACCGUCUCCAGCGAAACCAUUUUACACGGCUUGAAGAAGUUCACCAAUUACAGUAUGGAAGUAUUAGCUUUCACUGCAGGAGGAGAUGGAGUUCGCGCACCUAGGAUUUAUUGCCAAACCGAACAAGAUGUUCCUGAGUCACCAUCAGCCAUAAAAGCUUUGGUAAUGUCGACCGAAUCGGUUUUAGUCAGCUGGAAACCACCGGCCGAGCCCAAUGGAGAAAUAAACCAAUACACAGUUUACAUUAAACGGAAUGGGGAAAACAAAGAUAAAGAAGCGCCAAUGGUGCAUAAAGUAGCGGCCAGUCAAAUGAGUUUUGAGGCAUCUGGAUUAAUUAAACAAGAUCCGUAUGAGUUUUGGGUGACUGCGUCGACCAAUAUUGGCGAAGGUCAGCCAACAAAAUCGCUCAUCAUAGCCCCCAGUACUCGAGUUCCCGCCAUGAUUGCAUCGUUCGAUGAUACGUUCACUGCUACAUACCGCGAAGACGUGAAACUACCUUGUUUGACUGUUGGUGUACCAGCCCCGGAAAUCACAUGGAAAGUCAAAGGAGCAUCUCUUGAGAGCAACGAUCGUAUCCGCCAAUUGCCCGAAGGUUCGCUGUUGAUAAGAUCAGUAACGAGACAAGACGCGGGAGAGUACUCGUGCUUUGUGGAAAACUCAUUUGGAAAAGAUAAAAUCACUCAUAAAAUCGUCGUAUUGGCUCCUCCGCAUAAGCCACAAGUCACGGUCGGUGCAACUACUUCGAAUACGAUCACGUUAAAUCUGAAACCUUAUGAAACCGACAAGGAACCUGUUCAUGGAUAUACAAUCAAGUACAAACCUGAAUUCGGAGAUUGGCAAACGGCCCAAGUGGCUGCAAAAGCGGACAAAUUCACGUUGGAAAAUCUGUGGUGUGGGUCGCGUUAUCAAAUAGCCGUGACCGCUUAUAACUUAAUCGGCACGGGUGACGAGUCGGACAUACUCAUUACAAAAACUACCGGAUCAAAACCGAAAAUACCCGAAGCAAGCAAGUUUAUUGAAGUAUCCGCGACCAGUGUCACUCUUCAUUUAAACGCAUGGUUGGACGGCGGUUGCCCUAUGCUGUACUUUGUGGUGGAACAUAAGAAAAAGAUGCAGCCCGAGUGGACUCAGGUGUCCAACAAUGUAAGACCUGGCGGUAACUUUGUAGUGCUCGAUUUGGAUCCAGCCACUUGGUAUCAUUUGAGAGUGACGGCUCAUAACAACGCUGGAUUUUCAGUAGCCGAAUACGAAUUCGCUUCUCUCACAUUGAGCGGAGGUACUAUCGCUCCCCCCGCUCAAGACAUCACUUCUAUCUAUACUUACUUCCCGUGGAUACCGAAAUGGAUCGAUUUGAACGUGGUCGUACCCACAACUGCGACCAUUGUCGUUAUUAUCGUUGGUAUUAUCGUGGUUUGUUUCGCUUGGUCUCGUAGAGUGCACGAAAAUGGACAAACCCGAUUACGAGACGAUAUGACGGUGUACAACCAGUCGAUGAUAAUGGGAGGCAAUACUCUGGAUAAAAGACACACAGACUUCAACGACGAACUCGGUUACAUUGCACCGCCCAAUCGAAAACUUCCCCCGGUUCCCGGCUCAAACUACAACACUUGCGACCGGAUCAAGAGAGGUUUUCCCGGCCCUUACAACGGUCACGGCACAUGGAACCCUAGAGCCCGACAUAUGUACGAAGAACUUAACGGUAGUAACCCUAGGUGUAGGGGGCACCUGCCCCCUUGCCCGGGUUCCGACGAGACAAUGUAUACCAGGUGUCGAGGAAUCGACGGAGAGGACAUAUGUCCGUACGCUACAUUCCAUUUGCUUGGAUUCCGCGAAGAGAUGGAUCCGUCUAAAAUGCCUUUCCAAACUUUCCCGCAUCCCAAUGGUCAUUGUGGAACAAUGGGACCCGGCGGAACUAUGGCUAGCAAUGGAAUGAUGCAUCAGUGCCCAGGAACGCAGACAAUGCCCCGAAAUGGACGUUAUUCACGUGUAGGAGGAGGAGGAGCUAAUUCCAUGUUUUCCCCAGAGUACGACGAUCCAGCUAAUAUUGGCGAUGAAUAUGGCAGUCAAUAUGGACAGUAUGGAGCUCCUUAUGAACAAUACGAAAGUCGCAAUUCAAUGGGUCGUCAUAGCAUUGGAAGUCCAGAACCGCCUCCACCACCUCCGCGUAAUCACGAUCCAAACGUAAGCAGCACAAGCAAUGAAGCCAAUGACUCUAAAGAUAGCAAUCAGAUAUCAGAAGCUGAGUGUGAUCAACACCAAGAACCAACAGUGCAAGAAUACGGCGUUCAAUCUAAAGGGAACCCUAAGGAUACUAUGACCACAGAAGAACUACGGAAACUCAUAGAAAGAAACGAAGCCCCAGCAGGACAACAACGCUUCCAAAGCGGAGGGCUCACAACCUACGAUACUGUGGCAGUGUAACCUCUAGUCAGCCAAUCAGCCAACAUAUAUAAAUAGAACGUUAGAAUAUAAACCUUAUCUAUACUAUAAUAUUAUUGUGAACCUCUUCCAUAACUAAACAUACUCAUAUACCUAAUGCACUAAACGAUACAUUAAAAAAAAACAUAUUACUACGCACUUAUUUAAGUAACUAAAAUAUAAUUAGGUAAUAAAAUAACGAUAAGAAUAGAAAUAGUAUUUUAUAUAUUAUAAUAAUAAUGAUUUAUUACUAUUCUUAUUCUAAUAUCGUAAUAAUGUGGCCCUAAUGUGUUUUUCUAAUAAUUUAGGUAUUAUAAAACCCUCAAGUGUUGUGUCAUUAUUUCUUACACUUCAAUUAACCUAUUAAAAUUUAAAAUGUUACUAUGAUCUGUGAAUGUUAGGAUUAUAUUAUAUUAUGUUAAUUUUAGCUCAACUCUAUAAAUUACCAUUCGGUUCUAGCAAACACUGUUUAAAAAUCUCACAUAGAUGGUUUUAAAAAAAAAUAAAAGUAUGUUCCUUUAAUGUCAGUACAAAAAAGUCAGUUAUGUUUGUUUGUUUGUUUAAAUUUCAACAUAAAAUAUUUAAUACGUUUAUUAUUUGAUUUGCUCAUUAACUGCAGCUUUUAAUAGUUAAAGAAAAUAAAAAAACGUAUUGUGUUAUGUUAGAGUAACGAUAAAGUGGUUCGUCUAAUGUCGUAUUCACUCAAUAUCAUAUAAUAUGAUCUUUAAUAAUAAUUCCACUUUUAUACGUCUUAUUGUGAUUUAAAAUUAACUAUACAAACAAAUAUCGUUUAUUCGGAAAUUACUUUGAUUAAGUCAUUAUAUAUUAUUAUUAUACUCUUGUUCGGUAUUUAAAAAGACAUUUUUUUAUUACAUAUUAAAAAUAUUAAUAUACUUUAUAAUCUGUCAUAGUAAUGAUACAUUAUUAUUAAACAUUUUGAUUAGAAAUUUCGAAAAGAUAUACAAAUCUUAACUAUUAUUAUUCAAAACUAAGUCGUAGAAUAUAUUAAAUACAGCUAUAAUCUUUAUGGAGUGUGCUUUUUUAACUGAUAACUGUGCCUACUCGGUAAAAUAACUAACUAUGUUUUGUUCUUUAUUCAAAUGGCGCUAGUAUCCAAUGUAAUAAUACUGUAAAUUGGAAGUGAAACGGUUGAUAUUUUCAAAAACAAACUAUCUUGUCCAAUGGUUAAGUCUCGCAAAUGCUUGAAAAACUAAAAUUUCUGUCUACACAAAAUAUAGUUUACCUAUCUAUUUGGGUCGUUUUGCUUACAAAUUGUACUCAAUUUAGAAAUGAUCAAACAUUGAUAACAGGAUUUCUGGAUUUUUUUUCAUACUUAAAAUACAUUCUUAGAAUUGUUUGCAUUUAAUUAAUCGGUUUAAUUUUUUUCAUACUUAAGUUUUUGUUUAUUUUGAGCACAUGCAAGAUGUACAAAUGGGGCAGUCGACGUUUUUUUUUUGAGAGAAUAUCCUAAUCUGAGAACGUUUCAAUAAUUAUUGUAAACAUGUAGUUUAAUAUCGUCUUUUGUAUAUCUAUUAUCUAUAUAUUAUUAUUAUAAGUUAUAAUUAUUAUUAUUAUAUUAUUAUUAUUCGUAUAAACAGUUUGAUAUUAUGUUUUAUCUUCAGAUUUGUGUCAUUAUUGUUUUUUUUUUGCGUUUUUACUUUAUGUUGUAUGUAUAUAUAUAUAUUUUUUUUUUUAUAAAAUACUAUAUUUGUUUUUUUAACUUAAUUAGUAAACAAUACACAACCAUAGUGACUUGCAUGUGGCUAGACUGAUAUUAUAUAUUAUUAGUUACAGUUAUAACAUUAAUGAAUUUUCGACAAAUUGAUUGAUUUCACAUUUCUCUGAUUUUAUUUUGAAUUUGUUCGUACUUUUUCAACUAAAAUUAUUGCUCAAACACUCAACAUAAUUUUUUUUUUUACAAAUUUAACAUUAUUUAUACUUUUUUAUUUAUAUCGCGGAUAUGGUAAACAUAUUAUUAAAAAACAAUUUAUAGUGCCAACUUAUACUUACAUUUUAAAAUUAAAUUAGAUUUGUUUAACUUGCAAAUACGCGUUUUACAUGCUCUAUGCAAAGAAUAUAAAAAAACAUUUAUCUUCAAUUAUCUUUUAUU